CAGACUUCUCCCUCGUUACCAAAUCGCAUAUUUGUUGGCUUGUGACGCUAAUAAGCGCAAGUACCGUCUCCCUCUUUCCCUUCCGGCGCUUCCCUCCCACUCACGAUACCAUCGUCGUGGGAGGGGCGACCUCAAUGCACCGAUUUUUGUCCGCAUUCAGAUUAUCCUGCCUGCAUGCCCAAGGGGGCUGCAUCGAUGGGAGUCUGGACCGCGGGGUCGGCAGUUUUAAAGUAGUGUUCCAAAUAGCAAAGGCGUUCACGAUGCCAAUCAGGCCGCACCACAGCGGCCAAUAUUGGAGUCACCGUCAUACAGUCAAAAUCGCCCAACCGGGUGAUACAAGGGUGCACCACGGUCAAUACCUACCAACACACAUCAAAAUGCACAUAGGACAGCGGUGCAAGUCCGAAGGCGGAGCAGGGGAUCGUCACACUCUGCUUACUUCUCGCACAACGGAGCAGAGUAGCGUACUUGGACAAUGGUAGGUUAGGCGUAUAUGGCCUACCAUGUUCUGAAUGCUGCUGAAAAUUGCUAGCAUUAUCAUCAUACUGCGCACGCGUAGAGGAGAUUAUGAACAUAACAAGUGCAGGAUGGAAACCCCAUCGAC